UUGCAUUGUAAACUGCGAGCCAAUCAAAUUUGGUGGAUAAUUAUAGUGCUCGUAAAAUUGACCAAUCAAAUGCUUUGUUUGGUAAUCGCUCACCUGCCCGUGGAGAAUGGCGUCAGUUAGCGCACCUACACACUCCAAGCGGCCCCAUGUAGCCACAGAGAGAUUCCGCGAGUUUCAAAACACCCCUUCUCCAACCAAACAGAAGCCCUGCCCCGUUCCUGGCUGUCCGAAGGUGCUAAGCAGUGACCCAGGACUGAGGUACCACAUCCAGGCCCACCACACUGAACACAAAGACUAUGUGUGUAAAACAUGCCACAGGAGCUUCAAAAGUUCAAAUGGCUUGAAGUACCACCUGAAGAAGAGAUUGGGUCACUGCCAGGAAGAGAUGGAGAUCUCCGAAUCAGAAUCCACCUUACUUAACGAAGCCACAGCCAGCGACACACAGGUUAAAACAGAAACGAAAGUCCACAGCAGUGUUCCUCCCGUCCCCAGACCUCUUAAUCUGAUUGGUCAAUCCACCUUGUCCACUACACCGUCCACAACAAGUAUAAACCAGAAUGAGGCAGACAGUCGUCUGAUAGAGUUCGCUAAAAUAGCCACCAGCCCCCAGAGUCCUCUUAUGCAGUCUGCUCCCCCAAAAGUCUGGGAACGAAGUCCUGCUGUGAGAAAAAUCAAGUUUACGGAGUCAGGAAAACGGAGCACUGCGACUGUGUGUAAUCAGACGAUUCAAGACGACAAUGGAAAUUAUUGUGACGAUGGCAGUGAUCCAAGUGUGACAUCGUCUUCACCGUUCCCAGGUUGUCCUGAUAGGAAUUCAAACGCGGAGGAGACCUGGUCUCACAACUGGCCUAAGGCAGUGUGGCAGUGCUUCAUCAAAGACACCAGGAUCCGCUUUGUGGGCAGCAAUGAUGAACAGGAAACGGAGCAUUCUGAGUGGCAGACAGUGGAGAAUCUAGCCAAACAGGAAACCAUAGCAACACAGGCAGCAGGCAUGGAACAGAAAGCCCACCAAAGCUACGGCCGUAAUGGUUUCCUCCUCUCUUCCAUCAACAAGAUGGCAGACAACCAGGACAGGAAGCUGCAUUUACUGUUCUCGUCAGACAGUUUAGGACGGUCGUUUCUCUGGGCAGAGUGUGAUGAGGAUCAUCCUUUCUUUGUCAAAGACAAAGGGUGGUCCUCCUGUAACCCAGAGUUGACGUAUGACAAAUACGGAAUUCCCUGUAACAUCCUCCAUCAGAACGACCUGUGUCUACCCCCCGAGCACCCAGAGGCUAGUCCGAGCGAUGACGUAUUUCACACCAUGCAGGGGUAUGAUCUUACUCCACAAGACCAUUCAGCAGUGUUUGCACUCAGCCAUAUGGCCAAGCAAAAACGUGAUUCAGACUCCACAUCUAGUCCACAAUCCGGUUCAGGGUCCCCUACCAAGAAGAGGCCGCCUAAGGACGAGGAAGGGCGGAAACCCAAACGACCAAUGAACGCAUUUCUACUGUUUGCAAAACAACGUCGACUGACCUUGACCCAUGACUACCCAGGAAAAGAUAAUCGUGCAAUCAGUGUAAUACUGGGGGAGCUGUGGAAGAACAUGGACGAGAAUGAGAAACUGGUGUAUGAAGAAGAGGCACGGGCGCUGGCCGAGAAACAGAAACUAAAGCACCCAAACUGUUGGAAAAGGAAGAAGUAAACUGACUCUGUCACAAGUUUAAUGAACUAAAGAUAAAGAUUGAUCUCAUCAAAGACCAAGACCACUGCCAAUUAUUGGUGCCUUUAUUGUUUAUUUUGUAUGCGAUUUACAUCGAUUGUUAUAUAGUCGGAAGUAUUGAUGCAUGCCAGCAGUGCUAUUAACGAUUAUUAGAAUUAGGAUUGAAUUGGUGGCUAUUCAUAUAGUGCUAUUGGUACCAGUGCCAUUGUCACAAAAUCAUCAUGAAGUGCUUUCUAGGUAUUGUGAUACGUCUUCGUUGUAAAGAGUGAAGUCUCCUUAAAAAUUAUUACUCUUCAAACCUUCGAAAUGAGUACAUCAGAACAGAGAACAUGAAGCAGAAUUUGCUGCUUUUUAACGCUCACAAGAGACCAGAGAAACUUAGUUAGAUUACGAAAUAAGAUCUCAAAGCAAUUAGACAUAAUUAAGAAAUCCACCUAGCAUUGAAUGAGGAUUGGAAAAUAAGCCAAUAUUAAUGUGAGUGAAAGUUUUGUAAGGAUUCGUGUAAUUUUCAUGCGUUGAAGAGAAAUAUUGACCAGUUUACCCGUGUGAGUGUAGAUGAAAUUUAUAUACCACCCUUCUAUGUAAUCAACUCGUUAUCAAGCUAAUUGCUGGCUCAAUUCAGUUAUGUUGUGAACCAAGAGAAGCGUUUGUUUUGUUUUUUUAUAUCUAGAGGAGUUCCUGAUUUUUGCUCAUGUUUAAGAUUGUCAACAUUCCAUGUUUUUCUGUGUUUGUGUAGUGAAAAACAUCACUGGAGAAAAUGUUUAUAGCAAUACACAUAUAAUACUACUGUUUUUGUUGAGAUGACCUAUCGUCAGGGUUUGAUAUUGAUUAUUUAUAGAUAUUUAAAGAUAUAUCGAUAAAGUGAUGCAUCUUUUUAUCCACUAGGGAUGUAAAAUUCACAUGUUCAUAUUUAUUAUGUUUUAAUAUUCUAAUAUGGUUCUUUGCUUUAGAAGUGCAGAUAUACAUUUCCAAAUAAUUUUAUAUUUUACAAAAUAUAUAUAUUUUGUGAAGAUGAAAUGCCCCUUCUGCUCAAGAAAUAAUGACUAGAUAUUUUACAAAUGACAAGAAAUAGUGACUGUAGGUAUUUUUCAAAUGACAUCAAAAUUACUGCAUGAUUAACUGCAUUCUUUAGAAAUAUUGAGCUCUGCAUAUCAGACUUCAAGGAAAAUGACAUUGAAUGUGAUUCACAACUCUGAAAAUGUUAUUUUACGUUUUCUGAAAUAUGUGAUUCGAAACUGUGUAAAAUGAUUUCCCAUCUUAAAUUAUCAACUUAUAAACAAGAUACACUCUAAUCACUAAAACUAUUAGUAUAUACUUCUUUGAUAUUGCAUUUAGAUUUUUCUUUUGCCUGGUUUCUUUCUUUCUUCUUUUUUCUGUAAUUCACUAGUUGGAUCUAUAGCUCCCAAAGCAAAAAAUUGACUGUAAUGUUAUCAGCUGUGCAAUAGUACAUUACAUGUAAACGUGUAGCCCUACUGCAUCAUUUAAAACUUUGUUACCCGAGAGUUAUAAAACAUCAAACAGCAGCUACUUAGUAGUUUUGUUAGUAUUAUACUGGAUGUUUCUGGAGUCCCUCCAUAUUGAUACCCCUGCGAACGAAGUUUAGGGGGGUAUAUUGGAAUCACCUUGUAGUCUGUCCGUCCGUCUGUAGACAUAUAUAUCUUUUAACACACUGGUGAACAGAAUUGAUUAAAACUUUGUAUUUGUAUAUAAUGAUGUUAUGCACCAGCUGUUUUGAUGGAGAUUUUUUUUUAACAUUCAAGGGAAAUUAUGGAGAUUUUUUUCCCAUUUUAAGGGGGGGGGGGUAUCUUGUCAUUUUCCAGAGUAUGUCUUGGAAAACUAUUCAUUUUUCAAUGAGCAUGAAUUCACUAUUCAACACCUUCCAAUGUGCCUUGCGGGGGGUAUCAGUCCCUUUAGGACAAUUGUAGUUUAAUCAGUUUUAAAUCAUGCAUAUUGGUUGUUGAAUGCAAAGCAAUUAAGGUUGUUAAGAGAAUGUAUAUUUUACAGUUAUAUGUAAAAAUUUACUAUGAAUUUAUAUAAUCUAGUCCACAAUCAUUUCCAGUGCUUGAAUAUUGAAUUAUGUGUGAGCUGCAUGAUGGGCCAGACAUCCCAUCAUGUGAUGAGGAUCAUGGUUAUAGAGCCUACUGUAUAAGUGAAAGAGGAAAGAAAGAAGUAACGAAACAAUAUUUACACCAUCAUUCCUUUUUGUUUUUAUCUCAUUUGGACAAGGAUUAAGACCCAGGCAGCAACACAUUUCCAUCAUAUGAAAGUUUUACCACUUUAUCAAGUAUUUGUAGAUAAAAAUCGAUUUCUACACUUUAAUCAUAUUUAGCCAUAUGUGCGAUUGUUUUUUUUUUUUUAAAAAUUGCAUUUUAUAUUCUUUAAGCUUGAUAUUAAAAACACGUUACAUCCUGGA